AUGAUUGAAAACAAAGACAGAAGAAAACUUAAAGAGAAAAGGAGCAUAAGGAAGGAGAAAGGAAGAUCAAGGUACGAGGGAAAGAAAAGAAAAGAAGAGGGAAAGAAACAAAAGGCUGCAAGCUCCAUAUCAAAGGCAGGUUCGGCAAAGUUUUUUCUAUCGAUAUCUCGAGGUUAUUUUGCCGUUCACUGCCUGAAAAGACACCUAGCAAUGGAAAUGAAGAAGAUUGCCUGUGCUAUCAUCUUCGCUGCUGCCUCCGUGAGUGCAGUGAUGGCUGAUGAGGUUGCUGCUCCUGCCCCAUCCCCAACAAGUGGUGCCUCAGCUAGCUUGCCAGUUGUUGGUUCAUUGGUUGCAUUCCAUAACGUGGCAUCAUCAACCAUUCACACGAAUGACAAUCUGGUGCCCCCUGGACUAAUAUUGCUAGCAGUUUUGAUUAUGGCCUCUAUCAAGUUAUCUCUUGUUGCUUCUCUUGUGCUUCUUGCAGCACUGGUGUGCCCAAAAAUCACAGUCCUUGCUUACGAUGAUGCUUUGGCUCCCAUGCCAGCAAUGGCUACCGGAUCAGCUAAAUCGAAAGUUCUAAACCAAGGAAUACCAUUAAUUAAUACUGAUAAGAAUUGUUCACAAUCUUUCCCAUCUAAGCCAAAACUGAAAGGUAAAAUUACUCAAAUUGGAACAUUAUUUGGGACUGACAAAUGGAAAACAAGAAUCAAUCCCUUGGUAUCUGGUAGAAUUUUGCUGUCACGUGUCAAGUAA